ACUAAAUGCAACAUGAUUAACAACUGUGUUGGGGAGGAUAACCACUGGCUAUUUUUGCAGCUGUGUUUUUACACUCAGGUUCUGAGUUUUUACACUCUAGUGCUAGACUUCUGUCAGUACUACUACUUUCUGCCCUUGUCCUCAGUUGACCAAGCUGACUUUGCAGUACAUCAUGAAUUGGCUCUUCUACGUGUGUCUUGUUUCAUGGGGUUGAUCAUGUUUGGUGGAAUAAGCAGCCUUUUCUACACACAAGUCAAAGGAAUCCUUACAGACACAACUACCAUAGAGAAGAUGUCACACUUAACCGAAGAAGUACCACGGCGGCCUUGGCAGCAAGCAAUGGCUGAGGUUUUUGGCACUCGCUGGAAGGUUCUGUGGUUCUUGCCUUUCAGAAGCAGACAUCCUUUAAAACUCAACCUGACAAUCCGCUCUCAUGUAUAGAAAAACUGGUUUGGGGUGGGGUGGGGUCGGGGAGGGGGGUUUGGUGGCGGGUUCAUGAGCUCAUGGAUUAGAUAGCCAGUACAAGAUGGUUAGAUGAACAAUACAGCUGAAGCCUAAAAACUGCUUGUUUAAUGCAUACGCAUGCAUAGAUGGUUUACAAUAACUUUAUUGUGCACAUAAUUAUGCAUACCUCAUCAACCACUGCUACUGCCCAUACUGAUUGUUUCAAUACAAGUACAAUACUGCAUUGGAUAUUUUAUUUAUUUUUUUUUUUUGUGCCUUUUAAAAUCCAUGUUUUUAAAUAAUUUGUGGAUUUAUUUAUUAUACAUACACAAUAACUACCCUGAUUUUCUUUUAAUAUGAAGCUCUACCUUUAAAAUAAAUAUACAUUCAUGUCUCUGAUUAAUUGCAAAUAGUAAUUUUGCCACCCAAAAAUGGGUCAUUUAUAUUUAUGGAUUUUAAUAGACUUCCAAAAAUAGACUUUCUUUAAUGUCCAUAAAAUUGAAAACAACACAGUUUACAGAAAAUAAUGUCUCACGUUAUCUGUCACCAUUACAGGCUUGUAAUGUACUGUGUGUAUAUUAAAUACUUCCCACCUCAUCGUUUCUGACCUAUUUGAAGGCUAGUGUAAUUUGCAAGCUGGCUUUUAAACAUAAUAUUGUACUUUUAAAUAAUAGAAGAUAUGCAUGAAAGAAGAUCAAAUGUAUAUUUAUUAAUAGAAAGAUGUAUUUUACUAAAAAGGGACAGCAGAAAGGUAUAUUGCACAACAGUUUAAAAACUGUGCUAGAUAACCUUUAUGUUUCAAAUUUAACUUCAAAUCCAGUAAGAUAUCGACAAUUAUCAGAAGUGCCUCUGAACACACUUAUAUUAUAACAAAAAGCUUUACUGAAGCUUUACUUCACAAUUACCUGAAAAAAACAAUGAUUCACAACAGAUGACUACAGAUGAAAUACAUUCAGAUAUUGCAACUCAUUCUCGAUUAUUACAUAAUUUGCUCCAAACUAUUAACUUUGCAGUUGUGUUUUUGUCAACUUGGCCCAAGUGAAUGAAACUGAGUAAACAAUUCAUGUGAUGGAGUUAUGACUGUCUUUUUUAAACCUAAUUUCAGUAAUAGUCUGUAUAUCGUUUGAAAGGUUUGAAGUAAAAACGUGAAUUUAAGCUAUAAUAUACCACAGUCAUAACCCGAAUUAUGAAGAAUUUGUCACAUUUAGAGAGUUUUUUGGUAUAAUAUUUGUUCUGGCCCUUCACUCCACCUAAAUAAUAUUAUAAAAUUAGCUUUUUGGUUGUCGUUUAUGAGCAAUAUUUGCUUAAGUCAAGUGAUACCUACCUAAAUAUGCAUUAUUGAUAUCAUAAAUUUAAAAAUUUUUUCUGGUUCUUUUCUCUGUAUAUUUUGUGUAUUUUAAUUUUACUGUAGGUGUCCAUAUAAUUGGUUUUGAAAAAACUUUGUUUUGUUUGUCAUUAAUUUGUUGUUAAACCAAAGAUAGAUGUUAAAUGUGAUAUGAAAGUCUUUUCAUUGUCACUCAACUGUCGCAGAUACAGUGAUACAGUUUAGUGGUCUAUUUCUUAACUUAUCUGACUUGAUGUAGCUUGGUGUUGAUAUAGGCUGCAUGUGUCAUUUUUGUCAAGCAAUAAAACCUAAGAUUUUUCACUAAUAUAGCAGAUAUUACAAAUGUGUUUGUAGUAGGUCACUAAAUAUUAUUAGGGGCCAAGCACCGAAGGUGCGUAUGCACCUAUUGAAUCCUUUCUGGUUCUUAUUAUUAUUUUUCCGGCUUCUUCUUCAUCUUACGCUCUGGGAGUCUAUGGCCCUAUGAACCAGUGUUAUCUGCGUAAUGCACUAAUGUAUUCACACCAAACUUGGUGUGUGUUAUCACAACCAUGGACUGUAGUGAGCUGCAGCGUUUCGGCACACUGCCCCCAAGUGCUCCGGAGAUACAAAAAAUGGCUUUUUGCUUAUUUCUCAACCCUUGGUCCAAAAUUCAUAAAAAUUGUCUCUUUGCAUCCAGCGGAGCAUGCUGAGCCAGCCAUUUUGGCAGGUGGCUAUUUUAUUUUAUGUCAAAAAUUGCCAUAUUUUACGGAUGCAUUGGCAAAUUGUUAUAAAAGUUUUUAUAAUGGUGAUCAAAACGUUUUCUCGCAGUGCCACCUUUUGGUAAAAUGUUAUAAUGAUAUUUCUAAAAAGGCUAAUAACUUGUGACUAAUUUUGCAUAUUGCUAUAAAACUUGUCUUGAUACAUUCCGUGGGUGGUCCUGAGAAUAUUGAUAUCAAUUAUAAUUAUGCCUUAAUUAGCUGAUCUUGCUGUCCGCUAGAGGUGUGAACCUAUACUGGUCUCAUGGUUCGAUUCGGUUAUGAUUAUCAUGCCAUCGAUUCGGUUCAAUUCGAUAUCUCGGUGCAUCACAGUGCAUUGACGAUGCUUUCCAUAUACAGUGUUAUAUUUUAGGGGGGAGGCUAUAACAUGCUGUCUGUAUAACACACAGACACACAGCACCACACUGUCGCUCAUUCAAACACAUUCAAAAACAUAGACAGCAUCAAACAAACAAACACACACGCGCACACACACACACAAACACACACACUUAAGUCCUUGCAACAGGGAGAGCUCACGCUGAGCGGAGCAGAAAAAACGAAAAAAAAAAAAAAAACGAAAAAAAUAAGCACUUUUAAACGCAGUAAACGCUGACUGCGAGGGCUUAAACGGAGCAGUGCUCGUAAUGUCGAGCGAAAAAAAAGAAAGACAGCUGUGAAACAUAACCAGCUUUGUCUUUCUGUAGGAAACACACUUUAGAUCUUUUUAGGGUAAGAGGUUUUUGAGUAAUUGCCGUCUAUAACUGAAUGUGUGUCAGGAAAAUCGAAAACAAUUGAAGCGCCCCCCUGGAUGUACAGCGCCCUUAGCAUUUGCCUAUGGUGCCUAUGCCACGGGCCGGCCCUGAGUUGGCUGAGUGUUGUAAAUACCGGCGCUCACCUCCCUCACGACAGAGAGCAUAGGAGAUAAAUGACGUCAGUACAUUAUAACCGGUUAUGAUUAUUACUAAAUCGAUACCGAAUUGUCUGUGUCUGCAUCGCGGUGCACAGAAAAAACAAUUAUUUUUGACACCCCUACUGUCCGCCAUCUAGAAUUAAGUUAAAAACCUACUUUUUUGAACUCCUACAUUGUUUGGCUGAUUUGCACCAAAUUAGAAUCAGAUCAUCUUUAGACCAUACUGACAAAAAGUUAUUGAACUUGUAUCGAUAGGUGUAACGGUUUUUGUUUACUGAAUCACAAAUGUGAUGGCAUGAUGCCAAACUACAUCUGAGGCUUUAUCUCUGCGAUAGUUAAAGAUAAUGACACCAAUUUUUUUUUAUCGCCUCACACUGACAACACUAUGUAAAUUAAGUGACUAUGGCGCCCUAUGGGUCAAGAGUUAUAAGACAUUCAUUAGCCAUUAUUAAUGAACCUUACAAAUUUGGUAAUAACUUUUGACUGCACAUGCUUAUUUUGAUGAAAUUCAAAUUUUUCCUUGCAUCAUGCCAAUAAAACAGACACCAAUUAUGGCAUGAUCUGCCAAACGUCCUGUCUGCCCUUUUAAUCUUUAAUCUUCACCAAAUUUGACUUGGAUCAUCCUCCUACCAUGUAGACCAAAAUUUAUGGCAUUCAUGUUGAUAGACAAAACUGUUCUUAUUUAGCAUAUGCGCAAACUUGAUGUAUUGCUGCCAGAUGACAUUACAGGUUAAAUUACUGCAAUGGUUUGAAGUAUUGAAACCAAACUUACUGUGUGUGAUCCAGACCUGACUUUGACCAAACUACGUCAGUUUGCGCCACCUUCUGGGUAAAUUUGACAAACAAUUAAUUUCUAUCAAUAGAAGUCAUACAAAAUUUAUCAAAUGACUUUUGAAUAGUUCCGUUUAUUGUCUUGUGACUGGUCUUGCAGAUUCCUUGGAUCAUACAGAGUACAUUGAUAUAAUUUAUUCUUUAAUUGACACAACUUCCUUUCCACUAUUAUGAAUUAUUUUGUAAAUCUAUUGUUUUUAACUUUCAUUAGAUUGUUAGCCCAAUUUCCAUCAAAUUUGGCGCAGACCAUUCUGCCAAACAGUUAUAGAAUUUCCCCGUUGUUCUGUAGCUUGUUUCCUUGCUUGUUUAUGAUGUGGCUGCUGGGCUGCUUGGCCUCAUAAUUGUUGCUUGCAGCUUUUAUUUUUAUUUGAAUCCACUGCUCAUAAAUUUUUCCAAAACAACUAUUAUUAAUCAAUUGCAUUCUCAAGUGUUUAAAGUUGAUGACACUAUUCUGAUUUCUGAUUUAAUUACCUGUUAUAUUUUAUCUGCUUUAUUGUAGUGUAAGUCGCAAUGAAUUUUAUUUCUUUCUUUUAAUAUAUAUGAGUGUUUUAAGUACUGUAUAUAACAUACAUUAUGGAGCAGUUUUUUAAUAAAUUGUUAUUUUGCAAACAGAAAA